AUCACCGAAGAAGAAGAAGCGCGGUUUCUUCCGCCUCCAUCCGCCGUCGCCUCUUCCUUUCUGCCCGCUAACCCCGAAGAGAACACGCGUUCGCCUUUGUAGCUCAAGAUGCGUUACGUUGCUGCUUACCUGCUCGCUGCCCUUGGAGGCAAUGAAAGCCCUGAGUCCAAGGACAUCAAGAAGAUCCUGGACAGUGUUGGCAUUGAGGCCGAUGACACAUGCAUGGACAAGGUCAUUUCUGAGCUCAAGGGCAAGAAUGUGAAUGAGGUGAUCGCAUCAGGUUACGGUAAACUGGCCAGCAUGCCAGCAGGUGGCGCCGUGGCUGUUGCCAGCUCUGCAGCCCCAGGCUCAAGCGCUGCUGCAGCAGCCCCUGCUGCAGCUGAGGAGAAGGAAGAGAAGAAAGAGGAGUCUGAGGAGUCCGAUGACGACAUGGGAUUCGGCCUGUUCGACUAAACUUUUUCAAAACAUGAAUAAAGUUUAUAAAAAAAA